AUGGCCCACAACGGAAACCAGUUUACCCAGGGACAGGAGCCUACGGUAGCGGCCCCUACGCCCUCACUAGCUCUCGACGACGAGAUGCUCGAAGGAAGUGGUUCGGACUCCGACUCCUCAGACGAAGAGAGGAACAAUGCGAGCCAGGCCGAGGACGACGCAGCACUUCGAACGGUAUUCGAAGCCGGACUCAAGGACAAUGUCAAAGACGGUCUUGUGCACCACGACAAACCUAAUACACUUCAUAAGCUAGUAGAGCUAGCUACCCGAAUCGACAACCGACUGUGGGAACGAGCCCAGCAAAAGGGACGAUUCCAACCCACGGUGGCCAACAUGAAGAAACAACGAAACCGAACAGACAGGGACAGUGACACUGUUAUGACUGGACACUUCCGCAGAGACUGCCCAAAGAACGAAACCAGCAAGCAAGCAGUAGUCAAGGUCAAGAUGAUCAGACUAUCCACGCCAUACCCCAGACACGAUCUCACGUCAGAAGACAAUCUUAGCGAUGUAGACCUAUAUGACGAGGCGCAAAGAGCCACUAGCCCAGAAUACGUAGUCAUCCCUAAACUGGCCCAGCCAAGCAUCAAAUAG